GCCAGGGAGCGGUGCAGCUCUCCACUCUCUCUCCCUCCGUACAGAGAGGUCUCUCAACAAAAGAAAGGAACCAUGCCAUCGGCGAAACCGAUCGCGACCGCCGCAGGGAUGCUACGCCGUCGCCUGAGCCCCGCCUUGCGCACCCGCGGAGGCGGCGGCGACGGGCCGAGCCGCUGGACCUCGGCUGGCCACCAGGAGCGCCCCAACGGCUACCUCUUCAACCGAACGCCUUCGCCGCCGGGGCAGCCUCGGAAGUGGGAGGACUGGGAACUCCCUUGCUACAUCACCAGCUUCCUCACCAUCGUCAUCCUUGGCGUCGGCCUCAACGCCAAGCCCGAUCUCACCCUCGAGUCCUGGGCCCAUCGCAAGGCCCUCGAACGCCUCGAAGCGCAGCAGCAAUUGGCCGCCCUCUCUUCCUCCUCCGAUGACGCCGAUUAAUCUCCACCCUGCUUCGGUAUAUUCGGUGGAUGAUGACGAAGAAGAAGAAGACGAAAAGAAUGAAAGAGAUCUGGUGCAAAUGAUUGCAUAGGUUGUUGCCUCUAGAAUUGCAAAUUCUAUGUUGUCGGGUUGACUACUUUUGGAUUAAUUUUGUUAAACAAGUUUUCUCUUUUGUGUAAAACUUGGAUAUUGAUAUGCAUCUGUCGAUAAGUUGGUAGCAGAGGCUUAAAAUGGUGUGGUGUUUAAAUUGGUAAUUUUUGGAGAGGCCAUAUGGAGUAGUGGUAUUCCACUUCUUGAAGGUGGUCAUUGAGUUGUUUGGUUUGAAAUGACUUCUUUAAAUGAUCUUGCAGUAGAAAGGAAUUUAUCUGUUGUGAGUUUGGUA